CAUUUGCAGUGUUUUUCAUACGUACUUUUGCCGAAAAUAAGCAAGUCAAACAUACAACUCCGGCUGCAAAUUAAUUCGAAUCUAAACUUAUUACAGAACUUGGAGGUUUUAAUUUAGUUAUUAAUUAAAAUUAAAACAGUCUUCAAAAUUGCCAAAACGAUAUUAACUUUAUAAAUAUACUCAACAGAAAUAGCGGAAUAACGUAGCGGGUGGUGUCUACAACUUGCAUUUACAUUGUGAAUUUCUGUACGAGCAAAUUCAAGGGUUAUGCAUAAAACGGAGCUUAAGCCAACAGUGGCCUUGACGAGUGCCACCGUGGAAAAAAUGUCACGCCACGAAAUGCUGGAAUGGGUAAACAGCACUGUGCAUGGCCAACACAAGAAGAUCGAGGAGCUGUGCUCCGGUGUCGCCUACUGUCAAAUGAUGGAGUUGCUUUUUCCCAAUUGUAUUGGUUUGAAGAGGAUAAAAACCACUGCCAAACUGGAACAUGAAUUCCUAUACAACUUAAAACUUUUUCAAGCUGCCUUUAUAAAAUUGAAUUUUGACAAAUCUGUGCCUAUCGAUCGCCUGAUGAAGGCAAAAUUUCAGGAUAACUUUGAAUUUCUUCAGUGGUUUAAAAAAUUCUUCGAUACUCAUUCGGCCGGUAAGGAAAACUUAAGGGUUCCCGCAGCCCAUGCGGCCGCUGCACAGAAUGCACCAAAGCCCAUAAGAAAGCCUGGCGCCCAGACUCUCGGUACUGCAAAACCCUCUGCCACAAAACAAGAGCUUCUGAAGACUCCUAAAGGAACCCAGCCACACGAGGAAAGGCAAGUCUCACCAUCAUCCAUACAAACGCUACAGCAGACCCAAGUCCAAUUGGCCGAACAAAUCUUAACCACGGAACAUGAAAGGGACACAUACUAUAAGAAGCUGGCUGAAAUAGAAGCCAUCCUUAAUGCCUCGCUGCAAAACAAUGUUCAUAUGGAUUGGUGUAAUCGUGCUUUGACAAUACUUUAUGCAACAGAUGAUGGCCCAGCUACCUCUCCUGCAGAUGAAUUAGCCCACGAACACAUAGAAGGCAUUUCUUUGGAAACAGAUGUGUAGCCUUUGUUAAUAUUUUUCUUUUUGUAUUUUUCAUUAUUUCUCUGCAACUUUGAUAAAUAAAAUGGAAUAUUUAUUAUUAUCAUAA